GGGUGCCAAGGAUCAGAGGCCAUCCGUUCGAACAGUGCCACAACACUAGGGACAAGGGGGGACCAGCCACCACACUUCAGGAUGCAGGCCCUCUGCAUCAUCGUACUCUUGGGCCUGUCCAGUAGCGCCUUCGCAGGAUUCCUCCACGGAGGUGGCGCCGCCAUUCUCCAGCCCGCCGCGCCCACCGGAGUAGCCGUCGGCACAGCCUACCCGGCAAACCUCGCAUACAGGCCUGCGCCGGCCCCCACGUUCGUGCAACAGGCAGCGCCUGUGGCAGUAGCGAGGCCUACCGUGACCGUAGCCGCUGCGCCCGCUGCAAACUUCGCUUACCACCAGGCGGCACCAGUUGCCUUCCGAGGCCUCCUAGGAGGCGCAGCACCGGCGGCGGCAUUCGUCAGCCAUGGCCCUGCCGUGGCCCAAGUUCGGCCGUCUUUCUUCCAGUCGGCUCCGGUUAGAUUCCGCGUAGCGCAGCCCGUGUCCUACGCGGCACAUGCGGCCGUACCAGCCGUGGGCCAAACCCUGGUCGGACCUGCGCCAGGAGGUGGAGUCCAUGUGAAGCACAUCGUUCCCGCCGCCGCGCCAGUUCCGCUCAGGCAGUUCGUUGCCGCUGCGCCAGCGCCAGCAGUCGUCCAGCAGGCACCUGUCCACAUCAAGCAUUUCGUAUCAGCCCCUGCGCCCACUUUUGUACAACAGGCGCCCGUCGUAAGACAGGUCGCUGUCGCGGCAGCUGCGCCAACGUUCGUCCAGCAAGCACCAGCCUACCGACAGGUUGCCGUGGCCGCUCCAGCUCCGGCGGUCGUGCAUCAGGCUCCCGUACACGUCAAACAGAUAUUCUCAGCCCCAGCUCCCGCGACCUUCGUUCAACAGGCCCCAGUCCUAAGGCAGUUCGCUGUACAGGCACCGGCUCCGACCUUCGUCCAGCAAGCACCUGUCCACGUCAAGCACAUCGUCCCUGCGCCAGCUCCGGCCGUCGUUCAACAUGCUGCGCCGGUCUUUAGCGCUCCUCGCGUGACCGUUGCAGCAGCUCCAGCUCCUGCAUUCGGUUUCCGUCAAGUUGCCUUCCCUGCUCCGGCAAUUUCCUACCGCGCCGCUGCCGCAGCGGCUCCUGUAGCUACUUUCGGAGCAGGACUUGGGUUCGGACACACCCUGGCUGCUCCUGCCUUCGCAGCACCUGCGCCUGUUCACGUCAAGCAGUUUGUCUCUGCUCCCGCUCCUGCAUUUGCUGUGCCGCGCUUCCCGGUCGCCGCUCCAGCACCUGCUGCGACGCUCGUUCAACACGCUGCGCCUGCUGUCAGCUAUCGUACCGCGGCGGUUGCAGCUCCACUCGCAACUUUUGGAGCUGGUCUCGGUUUUGGUCACACGUUCGCCGCUCCGCGGGUAGCUGUAGCGGCGCCUGCUCCGGCUUUUGUCCAUCACGCUGCGCCUGCCUCCAACACGCCGCACCUGCAGUCGCGUACCGCUCAGCUGCUAUCGGCGCUCCUCUAG